AUGCACAACAGAAGUGGUGGCACUCCAUGCAGAUGGGAGGCCUUCGGCCAGCCCAGGAUCUUCUGCUUUCCGGUCUGCUUCUCAGAGUCUAGAGAGGACAUCUCCAGGGCUUCCGUGAGCGCAAGGGUACAGGCACUCAUAGGCACACUGCAGGGAGACUGAGGCUGCCCUGGGCUCACACAAAGAGGCCAACGUGUAAAGAGGUCCCGGGACACCAGACUGGCCCUGAAGCCUACUGUGUGCAAAGAGCAGCCAGAAUUCCCUGCCUCUGGUCUUGUGGCAAACUGCAGCACCCUGGAGAAAGAUGAGGCUGGAAAACAUGGUCCCUUGGAACUGGAUUCUGACAGUGACGACUCUGUGGACCGGGACAUUGAGGAGGCUAUCCAAGAGUACCUGAAGGCAAGGGACGGGGCUUCUGAACCUAUGUCGCAAGGGGCCCCUUCUAUCCCAGAGCCGGCCCACAGCAGUACCCUGCCCGUCCCUUGUCCCCCACAGCUCACUCCUGGCUCAGGUAGUGCUCCUGUGGGAGCCGGUGAAGACCAGGGCUCCACCUCCCCAGCCAGCCUGAGCAGUGAGGACUCCUUCGAACAGAGCAUCAGAGCUGAAAUAGAACAGUUUCUUAAUGAGAAAAGACAGCAUGAACGCCCAAAGUGUGAUGGGUCUGUGGAUAAAAAGUCAGACCCAAACGACAGCCCUGCCAGACUUAGAGGGAACCGAGAAACCUCAGCCAGGGCAGCUCCCAGGUUAACAAAAAUAAGCACACAGCCAAGAAACGCCCAGCCUAAGCUCACCGCAGAGCCUGAGACCCCGGCGAGCACAAAGCUGACGGCCCACAGACCAGAGGCUGCACAGAACAGGGUUGGAGUGAGGAGAAGCAUGCCUGCCAGGCGCAGCAAGCGCACCAGGAGCUCAGCCCCUGUGCACCAGGCAUCGGACUCCAGCAGCGACGACGACGACGGCAUCGAGGAGGCCAUCCAGCUGUACCAGCUGGAGAAAACCAGCAAAGAGGCCAGUGGGGACCCACCCCCGAGAGCCCAACUGAGAGAGAAAAGCCCUGGCAGGGCCCAGCCAAGUGCCUUGCCUGAAGCCCCCAGGAGUCCCUCUAGAAAGAAAAGGCGGAGAGUCCCAAAAGAUAUGGACACCACCAAGAGGGUCCUCCACCCUGAUCCUCCCAUCUCCAAACUCCUAACAGAUUCGAGAACUUCUGAGCCCCCAGGACACACAACUGCCGAGAGUGAAGCUGUGCACCAGGCCUCACGCCUAGCAGUCACACCCACCAAACUGAUGUGCGCAGAAGCAAUCCUGGACCUCUCCAAGACAAUCCUGUCAGGCUCCAUGGGAGGCAGUGACAGGCCAUCAUUCAGGAACGCACUCUUCUGUUCCCAGCCCAUGCCUCCCGGCUCUGAAGGUGACAGCAGCAACGCCGAUAGUGAUGACGGCAUUGAGCAGGAAAUCCAGACAUUUUUGGCCCUCAAGGCACAAGUAGGAAGUCCUCAGCCUGCCCAGGGUUCACUGCCCUUGCCUGGCCCCAGUGGCCAGCCUAGCAUCCCCAAGGCCCCUCCUGCUAAAAUACCAGAUCUCCCUCUGGGCUGCAAACGGAAAAAACAGAGAAGUGGAGGCAGCACUACAGUGCCCAAGAAAAUAAAGGAGGGUGGAGAAAGUGCCCAGGAUGCUGACCACAUGCGGGGGAAGGUUCAGCCUGGCCAUGAUGGGUGGGACCUUCUCAGGCAGAGCAAAAUCACCGAGAGCCCAGGAGGAGACGCUGAAGCCAAGGAGCAGCCUGUCACUUCCAGGACAGUUGCGCUCAGUGAUCCACACCUAUCACAAGGCCAUGGGGCCCUCGGGAAGGCCAGUGAGAAGGAGAGCUCUGAGGAUAAGAGCAGUUCUCUGGACAGUGACGAGGACCUGGACAUGGCCAUCAAGGACUUGUUAAAAUCCAAGCACAAGUUUAAGAAGAGGUGCCGAGACCCACGGGCUUCGUGGAAGGUCAGAUUUGGCAGCACAGAGACUCCGUGUGGGGAGGAGUUGAGCAGCCUUCCAGGGGACCGAAAGGACCACAGACACCAGACACUGCGGAGCUGUCUGCCCACGUGCAGAGGGGACAACAAAGACAGCCCAGGAAGUGCCUUCAGCAGCGCGGCAGAGAGGGCGAAGCUGGGGGGCACCGGGGGCGAGGAUGCAACCCCCGCCGUUCUCCCCAGGAGGACAAGUCCAGAAGGGGCUCCUCCCUCUGAGGACACAGGAGCCAGUGGCCAUCCUCCUUCAGCCUCCAGCCACACAUCUGAGGACAGCGCAGUGGACAGUGAUGACAGCAUUGAGCUGGAGAUCAGGAGGUUUUUGGUAGAAAAGGCCAAGGAGUCUACACGCAACGCAGAACCUCAAGGAGGCCCGGCUAAGCCGAAGAUGCCCCGUAGGAAAGAGCCAACCCUGGGGUUGCAGCCCGGAGUGUGCACACAGAGCCCAAAAGCCAGGGAAACCCCUCAGCUGGCCGAAGGAAGGAGAGGCCCAGAGAGAGCUCGGACACAGGCAACCAGCCUCUUGAGCCAGACUGGGAGGGACACCCUCCGUGCUGAGCAGGCCACCCACCUCACCACUGCCCUGGGCCGAAGUGAGGCAUCACUACCCAAGAACACCAGCAGGAACAGCUCUGCCAAAGCGGCUCCACCAAGCAGGAAAAGUGCUAACGUUCACAAAGACCGUGGCCUAUAGGGAAGCCAGACUGCAAUGGCAGAAAGUCUGUUCAGCCAGCUGCCCGCUGUCCCAGAGUGGGUGCCGAGGCUGGAAGUGCCUGGGGGGGGGGGGCGGGGGGGCUUUCACCUGAACUGUGCCUGUCAGAACUUGCUAACCCCCAACCCUGGAUCCCAGGCUGACCUUACCCUCUCUUGGAACGACUUUGCACACUAGAUCAGGCUGUCCAGCCCAGGGUGGGUACUGAACUCGGGGAAAAGCACAGUGUGGACAGGGAAGGAAAAGGAAGCCACAGCACAGGCUUGGGGCCCACCGAGCCUCUCCUCAGGCCCCAGGAAGAGCCCGCCUCUCCUCUCCACCCAGCUCUUCCACUUCCAGAAGGAAUGUUUCCUGGGAAGUGGGGGCAAGCAGGCUGGCCUCUUCAGACCCAGUCUGAGCCUACCUCUGCAGGGUCCAGCGUUCUCAGCCUUCGGGGAGACCCAUCCUGGCCACAGCCCUUUAUUUGGGAGCCCACACUUGCUAACAGAGGACACUGAGAACUGGCCAAGGUGGAAGGCUCGGGGGACCCUGAGACAGCAGGACAGGAGGGAUUCUGGCUCUGAGGACAAAGUUCUAGACCUGAGGUAUCUGCACAGAGUUGGCAGGGAACAGCAAGACCAGGAGACCUUAGGCAGUGAUACCAGCGAAUUCAGUGACACUCCCAUGGAGGAUGGGGGCAGGGCCACGGUGAGCAGUAAAGGCCUCAGGUUGUGA